UCUUAGUAACAUAGAAACAUCGUGUGAAGUACUUUUGUUUAAUUAAUUCGCUAAACAGUUUUAUUAUAUAUUUAAAAAUUCAUUUAAUUUUUUAGGAAUAUGGUAUAAUUAACAAACUACUAUGGCAUUUUUAUGUCCUGUUAGAAUAAGAAGGGGAAAAAAGAAGAAAUCUAGUAGUGGUGACUCAGACAAGGAGCUCUCUAGACCAGGGUCUGGUCUGAGCCCUGGUAUGGGCCGUAUCACAGGCUCUGCUAGUAUAGAAACACUAGUGCGUGUUGGUAUUGAAAAAGAACAUGGACUCAGCCCAGACUCUAAAAUGGUGGUGCUACACGAUUUUGCACCUUGUGUAGAUGACGAACUUGAGGUGAAAAGAGGACAAAUUGUAAAUGUGUUGUACAGAGAAAAUGAUUGGGUUUAUGUGAUAGUCACGGAUUCUAGGAGAGAAGGUUUUAUACCGCACUCGUAUUGUGCACCGUGUGAUCAUCAUGAUUUGAAGAAAAAGCUACCUAGAAGUCGGUCACCCACUGACCUAGCUCAUAGAGAUGUUUCACAGCUCUCAUUGUCUGACGGUGCUACAAAUGAUGGUCACUCAGAGCUGGGUAGUGAGGGUGAGGCGUGUCCCUUCAGUAAGGAUCCGUCGGGCCGUUACGUUGUACUGUACACUUUCACUGCGAGGGAUGAGAAUGAUGUGGACGUUGAAAGGGGAGAAUUUGUUACAGUUUUGAACAGAGAAGAUCCAGAUUGGUACUGGAUAGUGAGAAGCGAUGGUCAAGAAGGAUUUAUUCCUUCCGGUUUUGUGUAUCCCGCUGUUGUUCAAGCGCCUCAACAGGAUACGACACAAACAAUUAACUCCCCACCGACCGCCAACUCCAACAACACCAUGAUGUCGAACAACAACAUUAACAACACACAACAAGACAACGAUGGAAGAUAUCAUGGAACCGAGCUAGUCAUGCUUUAUGAUUAUAAGGCGCAGGCCCCGGACGACCUGUCGGUGAAGCGCGGCGAGUGGGUGUACGCGGACCUCACGCAGCAGACGGUGGAGGGCUGGCUGUGGGCGCACGCACCCAAGUCGCGCCGCUCCGGGUUCAUCCCCACCGCCUACGCGCGCGCGCCGCACACCACCGCGCUCUGA